AUGGAAGGUGGCACGAGUUCCUCAAGGAGCACCACACAGGCUUGUGCUGCUUGUAAGUACCAACGCAGGAAAUGCGGACCCACCUGCAUUCUCGCACCUUUCUUUCCUCAUUAUCGCCAAAAACAGUUCCUUCACGCUCACAGGCUUUUCGGAGUUGGCAAAAUCAUCAACAUGAUCAAGCCUCUUGACCCUGUUAACAGAAACUCAGCCAUCAACACCAUUAUCUAUGAGUCUGAUAUGAGAGCCAGAAACCCUGUUGGAGGCUGCUUAAGCUUCAUUCUUCACUUGCAAUCCCUCAUCGUCUCUGCUGAAUCCGAACUCCAAUUUCUCCUUCAACACCUUGCCUUCUUCAGAGCACAACUUCUUCAUUCCACUGCCACACCACAACCACCACCACCACCACCUUCCUCCUCCUCCUACGACCCUUAUCUUCCACAAAUGUCACUUCAAGAAUCAAAAGAUCCGUCACAGCUUCACCCACAACAACUUGGAAAUGAUCCCUUGCAGCUUCAACAGCAAGAACAACCCAAAGAUCCGUGCUUUAAUCACAACUCGUCUUUUAAUUACUAUGCAUUGCAAGAAGAUAUGAGCGUGUCCGACAUCGACAACUUAGUACAUUUCUUUCCGUGGUUGCCGCCGCAGGAUGACACCACCAGCCAAUAUCGAGAUCCCUGA